GCGAGUACAGGCCCGCGAUGGUCCGAAGAUCAUUUGUUAAGGUCUUUUCACGAUUACUUUUUGAUGGUGCCUAGUUGUUUAGCCCUUUCUGGUGCAGCCUCAAUCAAUUCUGCGAUAAUAAUUUGUUGUGCUUCUCAGGUGAAAUCGUCUGCAAACAGGAGAAUUAAAACGGCCCCAAAUGAACAGGCACUUGGCCAUUGUAGAGAGAACACAGAACUUUUUGGGAGUAAAUUCCAGGAACUUUCUGAAAAGGCUUGUUAAAGGGAGUCUUUUCAUUGCUCGCUUUUACCUCUGGCCAGGCGCAGUCUUUUUUCUUCGGUUCCUAAUCCGCAUCGUAACGCGUUUUUUUCUCUCAACAAGGGAAAAAAAAGAACACAAAACCGGGUUCCACGCGGUGCUUUAGUGGCUAAAAUUGAAAGAGCCGCUUCACAAGGGCACAACAGUAUGAAUCGCUUUGGAAAAUUGGCUGUUCUGAAUAGGUGAAGGAGGAAAACGUUUAAUCGGGUCCUGGGGAGAUUCUGAGAUUGCAAUCUGCUAUUGCCACAGGUGGAAUCUGGACUUUCGCCCCUGACAUCCACAAAUUGAGAGGGAGAUCAGAGCGGCUCUAGUCAGCGGCUGCUCACACCAAGUCCUGGGAUGGCAAGCUCUGGUCAUUUGGAGACAGUUGUGUCCUGUCCCAGGCAGACGGCAAGGAAUGGAGCUUCCGCCACGAGCUGCAAUGGAGCUACCCCAAAGGCACUGGCCUUUUCCAUCGAAAGGAUCAUGGCCAAAUCCUCAGAACCAAGGAGCCAUACUGAACAAAGACAAAGCUUGGAGAAAGCUGAAGGCAAAAAGGUUGGGAAAUUGUGUUCUCCUGUCCCGUGUAUGCUUCCUAUCCAACCAUUCCCUUAUGACUUGCAAGCUAAAGCUCUCUUGAACUAUUCUGAGGUAUGGAAGACUAACCUGAGGGGGUCACUUUGUACUUCUGCGGCAAUGUGUAAAUCAAACUGUGGGAUGUGCUGUAAAACUGACUUAACUUUAGGCCCUUCUAUGAUGACUGCAAACAGACUGAUUAAACCCCAAGUCAUAAACCAAACGGUCGCUAUGCCCGCCAACGGUUCCCUUUAUUAUUUCAACUAUCUGGACACUACCUACCACCCUUCAGAGUUGCUUCAUGGACAUCACAUCUUCCCAUCUCACAUCCUCGGUUCUCAGCCCCCAGCCUCGCUUUCUGCUCACCAGAAACUUCUUUUGUUGGAGAAUGCUAAAUUUGCCAGCUUGGCCGCAGAAAAAUAUCCAACGCCACAAUUUCCUCACAAAGAACGGAUCCCAGGACAGCUGGACCAAGUGAUCAAAGAAAACAGCAGCUUUCCAGUCGAAAAGAAUGUAAUUAAAAAUCAUCAAAAACUGAGCAACACCUCAAACGAUGGCAAACCCAAAAACUUUACCUGUGAAGUGUGUGGAAAGGUUUUUAACGCACAUUAUAACUUAACACGCCACAUGCCAGUUCACACUGGGGCCAGACCGUUUGUGUGCAAGGUCUGUGGGAAAGGUUUUCGACAGGCUAGUACCCUGUGCAGACAUAAAAUAAUCCAUACACAGGAGAAACCUCAUAAAUGCAAUCAGUGCGGAAAAGCUUUUAACCGAAGCUCCACUCUCAACACUCACAUUCGGAUCCACGCUGGUUACAAACCUUUUGUUUGCGAGUUCUGUGGGAAAGGAUUUCACCAAAAAGGAAACUACAAGAAUCACAAACUGACUCACAGCGGAGAAAAACAGUUUAAAUGUAAUAUCUGCAACAAAGCAUUCCAUCAGGUGUAUAAUUUAACGUUUCAUAUGCAUACGCACAAUGACAAAAAGCCCUUCACUUGCGGCACUUGUGGGAAAGGAUUUUGCAGGAACUUUGAUUUGAAGAAGCAUAUAAGGAAAUUACACGACGGUAACUCCGCCACAGCCCCAGCGAACGAACGUUCAAGGGUGGGGCAAAGUUAGUUUUAUAGACUUCGAUUUAAGGUUUUUGGGCGGACAAUCAUUUCUGUACAUUGCAUUUUGAAGUAAGAUCUAUUUGAGAUUGUUCGAUGCACUGCAAUGCUCUUUACUUCGCACACAGUUAUGCAACAGUGGAGAAUUCAUAAGAUAACUUUCCACACUUGAAUUUGUAUGUUUAAAUGGAUCGAAGUCUGUGCAGAAAAAAAACUACCGAGACGCGACAGCAUGUCUUAGUCCUACAAUAUUCCAAAAGUGUUGUGAAUCAAUCGUAAUGUAAAUAUUCAUGUUAAUUAAAUGUCUUAUAUCAUUAUUUUUUCUGUAUUGUAGUAUUUUAUAAAUGAAACUUACCGUGGAUUGGUAAAUCUUACAUUUUAAAGUAUUUGUUAGGACGUUGAUUCGUUUGCAUUUCUGUACAUUUUAAUCCCGUUGUAAAAAUUGAACGUGUCUACCUGCAAAAUAAAAAAAAUAAAGUUUU